AUGAACCGAUCAAGAGCUGUGAUAACACCAACGUUACCACCACCGCCACCAAAUCCACCCUCAUUGUUUCUACAUUCUCUACUUCCAUUAUUUUUGGUCCUAACUGCAUUCGGACCAGGUUAUCAGACUAUUUCUUCUUUUACCCUUCUCUACUUUCCCCUCUCCGUAUAUUACACAAGAACUUAUACAAGAUGGUGGUGGAUAAUUUUCUUUUACAUGAUGAACAGUAUAGGAUUUACGUUAGCAUAUAUGAACACACUUAAUUUUUCAGGAGUAAGGAAUUAUCGAGGAAUAUCAUUUGCUAUUGGACUAAUUACAAAUUUGAUAAUGCUCAUACCUAAUAUUUUUGAUAGGAUUGUUCAAAGUAAAUUUUCUAGUGAUGGGUGGGCUAGAAUUAUGGUAUUUCCGUGUGUCUGGACAGGUAUCUGGACAAUUUUAUUAUACGUUUGGGCAUUAGGUGAUUGGGGGAAUUACGCGUUUGCUCUCUUAAACUUUGGGGAGAUCAUGCAAUUUGCGUCAUUCGCGGGAUUAGGGGGAAUAAAUUUCCUAUUAGCGUGGAGUGGUACAGUGGGAAGUGAUAUCAUAUCAUAUCACUUAUUAAAGUGUCAAGAUUUUACCACGACGCAAAUAUCAAGUACCGGAUCAAUCAUCAUUUAUAAUGAAGAUAAUAGCACGGAUACAAUUUUACGUAUCCCACCAAAUCAACCGAAAAAGAAAUUAACAUUACCGACAUUUAUUAAUUCUUUGAGUAUCUACUUGAUCGUAUUGUUUUUGGUAAUCAGUUAUGGUAGCAUUAGAUUAAAUACUGAUGCUGUCCCUUUUUAUCAAAAAAGUGUUGAUGAUACCUUUAAAGAAGGAUUGAUUGGUUUCGGUUGUAUUACGGAACAGAUUAAUAAUGAUAAUUUAGAUUAUUACAUCAAUAUGACCCGGGAUUUAGCGAGUUCGGGGAACAAAAUUAUACUUUGGUCGGAAGGAAUUCCCAGCAUUACAACUGUAGAAGAGUUAAAUACUUUAUAUGAUUCAAUCAAAAAUAUUUCAAUGACAUAUGACACAUACAUAGGUUUUACUUAUAUUGAUGGUAUUGAUACGAAAACACUCUUAAAUAAACAAGUGGUAAUUAACAAUAAGGGAGAGGUGGUUAUAGACUAUAAGAAAAGUAAUCUGGUACCUUUCGUAGAGUCGGGUUUUGCUAAAGGUGAUGAUAAGUUACAAACGUUUCAGAGUGAGGAAUUGGGAACUGUUGGCGCCGCUAUUUGUUUUGAUUUUGACUUCCCUAAAUUAAUCGGUCAGGCUUCUUCUAAAAAUGUUAAUUUAAUGUUGGAUUCUAGUAAUACUUGGGUGAGUCCGGUUGGUCCGUUACAAGCACGUAUGAACGCAGUUCGAUCUAUAGAAAACGGGUUUACAACAUUUCGUUGUAAUUCACUUGGAUUUUCAGGAAUAUGGAAUCAAUACGGACAACCAUUAUAUUAUAUACCAACUGUAAAUACGCCAAUGGUCACAUUUCAAGUCCCUAUUACAAUGAUAAAGAAUAGAAUCAAAACGGUUUAUUCGAUAUUUGGUGAAACCUUUGGUUGGAUUUGUGUUGGUGGUAUGGUGGUUUAUUUGAUUGCUAUUAUUUUGGCUCAUAAAGAUUCAUCCUUUGAUGUUAUAAUCAAAGUAGGUAAUAAACGACGGUUGUUCACGAAUGACAAUACAGGCACAGAUACCAACCCUUUUAGGGAUGUAAAAUUCUUAAAUAAAUUUAGCAACAUUAAUCAAUAUUAUAAAGAAUUUUAUGCUCAUAGUUUCAUACUUUUAAAGAAUACGAAAUCGAAAUAUUUUUAUAACGCUAUUAUUACCGGAAGAAAACAUGAAGACACAUUAAAAAAUAUAUUUACCGUUCAUAGCAAUGAAGAAAUGGGAGAAUGUUUUGAGAUAAAACGUAAAGAUUAUAACAAAGUUAUUAUUUUAGAAUUACCCCAAAUUGAACCAUCGAUUUUUGAAGUGAUUCUCGAGUUUAUUUAUAAGGGAAAUUUGGAUGUAAUUGAUUUUACUAAGCAAAAAAUGAUUUCAAUUCUUUUCGCAAGUUCUUUUCUAAAUCUAAAGCCCUUAAUUACUCAUCUCUUCACAAAUCAUUUCUCCGGAAUUCUUUACUCGCUAAACGCUUCUUACUUCUCUUUUAAUCUUAAUAAUGAUGAAUUAAAUCAAAGAAAAUGUAUAGUCGAUCAAUUAUGUUUAGAAUAUACUUCUAACCUAUUUAGUUCAGAUGAGUAUUUAUCAUUUCACAAGGGAUUUCUUUAUGAUAUAUUAUCAUCGAACACUUUAAUCAUGAAUGAAUUAGAAAUUUGGACAAAAUUGAUCAAGUGGGGAAUCCAUAAUUGUAAUUUAUCAACAAAAAAUACUUUAUUCGCUUCUCACACUUUGCCAAGUGAAAUGAUUAAAGUUUUUUCCAAUAAACAACUCGCGGCACUUGAAGGAAUGAUUAAAGAUAUAAUUUCACUAAUUAGAUUUCACCAAAUCGGAUUAGAUGAUUAUUUUACUGAGAUUGGUAAGCCCUUCAAAAAUAUUUUACCAAAGGGAUUAAAUAAAGCAAUAUUUAAAUAUCAUAUGAAGAAAGAACAUCCCUUUAAAAAUAAUAUUAUAUUAUCGGCAAGACUUUAUCAACAAAUCGAUUCCACUAUUAUCGUAGGAGAACAAACUGCUUUAUUAGCUAAAUGGAUUAAAGAGUGUAAGAUUUCUAACGAUCAUAAUUGUAUCACUUUAGAAGAAUUAGGUUAUAAUAUCCCUUGUUCAUCAAGUUUUCUUUUCUCUUUAAAUAAUAACAUUCGACAUGAAAAUAAUUCUACUAAAAAUAUAUUAAGCAAGGUUAAGAACAAUCAUGUUUCUGAAGCGAUCUACUAUUCUCAAGUUAACGGUCCAAAAUUUGGUAGACAUGAUUUAUAUUUAAUUAAUAAGCCAAGGUCCAAUAUUGAAGAUUGGGAUUAUUAUCGAUCAAUUAAUAAUAAAGAGAAAUUAGUUGGUUAUUGUAAACAAUAUUCUUAUGCUCAACAAAUUCUCGACAAACCUUACUUUGAAAUUGAAGAUUAUGAAGUAUUUCAAGUAAUAAUUGAUGUAUAA